AUGUUCUCUCUCUCUCUUUCUCUCCCUCUCUGCAGAUUUGGCUUUGUGAAGCAACUGAAAAAACAUCUUGAUUGUAUCUUGGGUCCACUAAUUGAUGAUGAAAUUGAAAAGCAUUCAUCUGAGAUUCAAGUAAACAGCAUCACCCAACAGGGAGAUCAGACACUAGUAGAGAAAAUCACAGACAAGAUUAUCCACUCUAAACUACAUACAGAAUUCAACCGUAGGCUAAAAACAAAUAUCACUGAAGCUCUAGAACAAUUACAGAAGAAUUUCAAUGCUGAGUUUGUUGUCAGUAAACAGAACAACACUGACUACUUCCUCUCUUGCAACAAACCAGAUGAUUUCAGUGAUGAGGAAGGCUCUUAUGCCACUUCAUUUAAUCAGGGGAGCCUCGUUUUUAUAUGCCAUGAAAAACUACUUGACUUGUGUAACAGUUUGGCCAAAGGAAGAGAUUAUAAUAGCCGUUGUGAAGCAAUGCAAGCAUUGAACCAGGUGCCAAUUGCUGCAGAGAUCAUUUGUGGUGACCACUGGCCCAUGAUGAGGAAUCACCUGUUUGAUGUCUUCUCUGACGCAGACCCACAACUCUCAAAUCUGAGUUUGAAAUUCCUUGCACAUGCUUUCAGCACUGCUAAUCCACAAACAAAAGAAAUUUAUUCUCUGCUUGUGGAUAACUUGAUUCAUCAGUUGCAUACAUUGGAAGAGAACGGUGCCUUAUUGCUGAAAAAUGGUCUAAGUGCAUCUUCCCCUGAGAUUGUAAAAAUAAUCAAGAUGUUUCGCCUGAUGAAUGAUUUUCAACAUGAAAUACCAAAUUACUGGGUGAGAUUCCCUGAAAA